UAUAAUAAACUAAAAGCUCUCCUCACCUUCUCUCCCUCCCAUGGAGGAAGCUUCAGCCCGCUCCCCCCAGAUCUGAUCCCGCCUCCAUCCUCGCGCCCACCCCACCGUCACCUUUCUCUUUUUAAAAAUGUGGUCAUCCAUGGAGGGACGCGAGGGAUUGGGUUUAAACGGGAGAUCUCUCUUUGUCUGUGGGUUCGGGGCUCACUGGCCCAUCCUCCUGAUUUUCUCUUUGACCCUUCAGCCCGUCUUCUCCGUAGAUUCCUCCGCCACCGACACCGCCGCCGUUGAGACCCCCUCCCCCGCUAUAAAACCCAGCAGGUUCGAGCCCAGACUCGCCGUGCCUUUGAUUUCUGUCUCCUCUCUGCUCCUUGCUCUGCUUCUCGCCAUGGGGAUGCUCAAGCUGCUGCGCCUCAGGCUCCGACGUCGCAAAUCCAACCGCGUCGUAGAGGAGGGCGGGGAGACUGGUGGCGCCGACGGUGCCGGUAUGGGCUGCUGGAAGGAUGAGAAGGGAGGCGAAAUGGCAGCGGCGCCGGUCGUCAGGGAGUGUAACUCUCAGGACGUAAGGAGGAUGACGGGCCAGUACGGGGAGAUGAUCGGGGCAGGCGGGUUCAGCAAGGUUUACUUGGGGCGGUUCUCCAGCGAAGCCGCCGUCGGGUCUGGUCUGGCGGCGGUUAAGGUCCACAAUGCCAGUGAGCGGCUAAACAUGGCCUUCAGGCAGGAGCUGGACAUUCUGCUUCGCGUCCGCCAUGACAACAUUGUGAAGCUCAUCGGCUUUUGUGACGAUGAAAAAGAAGGAGCGCUGGUUUUCGAGUACCUUCCGAACGGGAACCUUCAGGAAAGGCUCCAUGGCCGUGGAAGUGGUGGGGUGGUCGAGAUGAAUUUGGUUCUUUCCUGGAGAAACCGAAUGGUGAUAGCCUACCAACUCGCUCAGGCCAUUGAGUACCUUCACGAGAAAUGCUCCCCUCAGAUUAUACAUGGCGACGUAAAGGCGUCGAACGUCCUGCUUGACGGGGCUCUCAACUGCAAGCUCUGCGACUUUGGGUCGGCGAAGAUGGGAUUUUCCUCUCUGGUACUGCCGCCCUCCUCGUCCAACUCCCCGAGGAUGAAGCAGAUCAUGAUGGGCUCCCCGGGCUACACCGAUCCGCACUACCUCGUAACCGGAGUUGCCUCAAAGAAGAAUGACAUCUACAGCUUUGGUGUCCUCCUCCUCGAACUUAUCACGGGCAUGGAGGCCUUCUGCUCGAACAGAGGGCAGCUCGUGACCUCGGUGGCCGCACCGCUUCUCAGGGACAACUGCUCUGAGGUCCCCCAGGAGAUGCUGGACCCCCAGCUGAAAGGGAAGUUCGACCUCGAAGAGGCCAAAGCUAUGGUCUCAUUAUCAAGGUCAUGCCUUAAACAGUCGCCGACCCAGAGGCCCUCUGCGACACAAAUCGUGGAGGUGAUCCGAGAAAAGGUUCCAUCAGCUUUGUUCUCGACCCCGUCGGCUGAGAAAGCAGUAUGAUUCAAGUUGGUAGAUUGAUAAUAUGGAGCUGAAGUGAACUGCACUCAUGGUUUAAUUGUAUAAAGAUGUAUAUUUUCACCACAGGGGAUUUUGUGCUUCUCUCUCAUUAUCCAUAUUAGGUUAUGGCUUGUUUAGGCUUUUGUUUAGUUUUAAUAUUUUUUUUCCCCAUAGAAACAACGAGGAGUUGUCAGUUUAUUGGCUGAAAUAAUCCAUUCGGCACGAGGUGCUUCCAAAUGAGUGAAUUCAUACCCCAAA